AACCAUCAUCACGGAUCACCAACUGCAUUUUACAAUUGGUCUACAUCUCUUUCUUUCCGGGCUAAUUGCCAUUUUGCACGAAUAACCUUAAAGUCGCCCUCUCGCAUCUUUGGCAGAUCGUCAAGAUGAAGAGAUACCAACGAAACCUCCUUUUAUUCUAUUCUUUGACUGUACUCGUUGGCUCCAUUCUUCACACUUUUGCCCCACCACCACCAUCUGUCUUCUCGAAUAAACGAAAUCCUCUCAAUGUAUACUUUGCCAAGCGUGGAUGGUUUUGGACAGGCGUCACCCUCCUUUUGUUUGCCCUCUUUGCCUCGCCACCGGGAUACCGUCGACGUGCCGUCAUACGCUGGACGGCAGCAACGAGCUACUGGGUGUUGUUUGCUCAGUGGGCGUUUGGACAUUCGCUAUUUGACCGCGUAUUACUAGUGUCUGGAACGUGCAGCAUUGAUGGGCACGGACAUCCACGGAUUUGUGUUCGGAAUGGGGGAGAGUGGAUUGGGUUUGAUACGUCAGGGCAUUGUUUCAUUCUUAUCCACAUGUCCCUCUUUAUUUACGAAGAACUUCAACUCCUAGUCAGACCUCAAGUCGUCCGUCCACGAUACGCAAACGCAACCGCAAUCCUAUCCAGCGUUCUCAUUUUCCUCCUCCUUCUCUGGUACACGAUGCUCAUCGCGACGAGCGUUUAUUUCCACACGUGGCAAGAGAAAAUUGCAGGAACAAUUGCAGGCUUGGCUUUUUGGGUUGUCAUGUAUGGAUAUGUAUGGCCGAAAUGGUUUCCCGAUAUGAUGCCUCAGGCAACCGCGGUUGUGGCCCAAAGAAGGCAAACGGAAUAGUUGGUCUGCUAAGAUAAUUAAUGGCAAGAUUAUUGAGAAGAGUAGUGCAGAUGGUAGAUCUUGCACCAGGGCACUCGUCUCAUUGAUGUAUUUAUUUGUAAUUUGAUUUCAUAACCUAU